AUGAAAGUGACCAGCUCCCUUCCUUCCCUUCCCGCACACUCGGGACUGAACAUGUUUACCGUCGAAGCGAGGUAAGUGCCAUUACUGAACCAUGACCAUGCUUUGAAUAGGAUUAGGCUGAUCCCUCGCUUCCCAUUGACCUCCUUCCCUCCAGCGAUCUCAAAUUGACCUUCUCCAAUCCCAUUUGCAGCCGAUCUAGGUUUAUCGCCUGAGGCCAGGUUCAGGAUUCGAGGGGUGUCGAAGAAGUUGAGAGUGUUGCGGGAUGUUGUGCAAUCAGUAAAUAAGAGAAAGAGUGCCAGUCGCUCUAAAGUUAAAUUUUUGAGUAAUUUUGUAAAGCUCAUUAAUGUGUUGUUAAUUUUCCAAAAUAUAAUCAAAAUUGUUCUUGAAGGUAUACUGUAACGACGAAUUGUAAAUUCUUAUUUUUUAAGGGUCUCGCCCUGUUCUCCUUUCUAUGUAAUGCCACGGGACAACAUAACCGCGACUCAAGACAUUAAAUAUGUCCAGAGCUUCCAGUCGAAACCAGAGAGAGACUGACAACCAGCGCAUCGGCCGAGGUAAACGUGUAAAAUGGGAUAAACAGAUUCAGCGUUGCAUCAGGUCGAUGAGGGUAAGUUGGCCGGGGUUCAGUAAGGUAGGAAAGCGGGAAAGAAAAGGGAAUUUAAGUACAUAUGUAUAUAUACGUUUGCAACCUUUCUCCCCUUCACCCCCGUUACAAUACUUUUAUUUCUCUGUAAUUCCGAAAAUUUUCAUCUGGACACCAACUUAUUUUUUCAUUUAACGCAAGUCAUAAUAUUAGAGAUAUGUGAUAGAAAUUAAAGUCAUCGCUUUCCAAAAAAUCAUUUUUCUUAUUUAUAUGGGCCCUAUCCCUUGUCUAAACCGAACUUGCAUAACGCCAUUGUCCUCCGAGAUGUAGUUUUCCUUACUCAAGUGGACUUAAGGCUAGAUUAUAAAUUUCAAGGAACUUAAAGUCAAGUGGAUAUGUCGACAUCCACACCGAGAGUCUCGAUACAACACCAUCUGCAGGGCUGAAUAAAAAGCAAGAACCCUUCAGAAAUCGCUUUGCAAAAUCUGCAAUUCCUCGCUUCCCUUGAAGUUGCGCAAUUGCAUGUGUAAAUAAAAGUAACGUUUUUUUAGUUACCCAUCAAAGCAAAUAUUUAACCACAUAAUUUGAGAACAUGCCUUGGAAACUUAAUCUGGAAAGGCGUUAAAACGCUUAGGACAAGGACAACCUCCUUUAAUUCGAGCCGCACUAAUUAGCGCUUUUAUUGCGGCAUCUCCUCCAGUAAUUUAUCAUGCUCGAAAGAUACAAUAAAGCCGACAAACUGAGUGAAAAGGUCAACUUUUUAUUGCGGAUACUCUGAAAUCUUGUUAGAAACAUUUAAAAGAUGUUUAAUCAACCCAAGCCUGCUUAUUUUCCGGUGUAAAUGGCUAAUUUGAUCACAUUGCGCAACAUCUCGAUGCAUGACAUCCAUCGGAUCACCUGAAAUAGAUCAGAUAACUCCACAUAUACGCGGAUAUUCAACGGAUUUCCGGUCAAUCCACAGCCUCUAAUCUGCUUUUGUAUAUCUUGAUUUAUAUUCGACAUAACAAUUAAAAAACGACAUGCACGGUGAACAAUAGGGACGUAUAAAAGACUUCCGUUUCUCGGCGUCAAAUUCAAAAUGACUGCCCAAUUUGGCCAGGAAAUUACGUCCGGUGGACAUAAAGGUUUUAGGAAUAUAAAGAAAGAAUACGGUAAGCAUUCGAACUUAGGGCGAUGGAAAUCUUAUCGUAUAUUAUAAAUCAUAAUCGAGAGCGGGGGAAUCAAAACAUUGCGGUCAGCGAGAUAAUCAAGACAACUUCUCACCUUUCAAGGCCUCUCAACGGAGAAUAGAGAUAUCCUUAAUUACAUAUCUCAGUCAUCAAGAUAAACGGUUCACCUCUAGCUAGAUAUUAUAAUAUAAAAUGCGAAUUUGGACGGAUUUACUUAACAAAAUUUUAUACAUUUGUAAAAUUUGGAACGUAUUGUAUAUAUACAAUAAGUCAGCGCUUAACAAUAAUUCUCAACAAGAAAUAAUAAAUAAUUAUACGGUAGACACGGAGGAAUGUGUGAAGAUAUUCAACUCAAAUGACUGGAGGCGCCGGCUAAGCAUACGGGAUAAUCUCCAGCAGCGAUAACAACCAAUCAGCGUCUUUGCGGUGCUCCAAUGGGGGCGGGCGCCGUUAAAGGAAGCACUCGAGGAGGGGAGGCUGGUCCUCCAAGGCGCGGCUGACUGCCUUCGGACGGCCACAGUGGGGCGCCGGUGGAUUCAGAGGUUGUGGUUGCGGGAGAUGGUCGGCGUUUCCACUUAUUUGGGGGCCGGUUAAUGACAAAACGUGGAUCACGGGGGUGCCUCACAACCCAGGGGGGACCCACUCACACCUGUGUCCCUAUGGGGGACGACCCCUGCCGUGCCGUUUCCCGCCCUUUAACGUGAUUCGUGUUUCAGCCCCAUGCUCAAUUACAAUCCUCCCAAUGUGCCAGCACCCUCUUCGUUCCCAUAUCAGCUCAAUUACGAUCAUUGGAAGGGACAACCAAUUGUUCCGACCACUUCAAAUGAAUAUGUUGGUGGAGCUGGAGAUCAGUAUAUCCCCUACACUCUCCCGUAUCAGCCAUUCCGAUCAUUUUACCCACCGUUCGAGAAUGUCGCAGAAAAUCAAGAACGUUUGUUCCAAGAUACGACGCAAAUAACUAGUAAUGUCUAUGGAGCAUUGACUGCGCCUGGGUGUUAUCAACCGGUAGAUGAGAAGCCGAUUAUAAAAAAGAAACACCUAGGACCCCAUACUUGUCAAUGGAGAACGGUAAGCAGGGCGGUUGAGUUCAAACAGAUGUCCGGUUUAUACUUUUUAUUUUGAAUUACUCCUUAUAUUUGUGUAUUGGCAUUUUAGGGAACGGGAAUGUGUGGACAGCAAUAUAACGAUCUCAAACAAUUCGUGGAUCAUUUAGCAAAUGAUCACGUGGGGGCAAUGGACGGCACACGUCAUGUUUGUCUGUGGACUGACUGCCCACGUUCUCUGAAGGAAUUCAAGGCCAAGUAUAAACUGAUCAAUCACAUCCGGGUGCACACCGGCGAACGGCCUUUCUACUGCAGUCAUUGUGACAAACACUUUGCGAGGAGUGAGAAUCUGAAGAUCCAUGAGAGGAUUCACACAGGUCAGUUUAUGUUUAUGGGAUACUGUAGGUCUUUGAACAUAUUAUGAAUCCAUGAGUUAUGGCUUCCCAGGGUGCAUUCCAAAGGCGGUGAAUCGAUUUAAAUAAACUUGGAAUGACAGUUACCUGAUCCCCGACUGACCUCGCCUUCCUUUGUCUUUAAUCCCUUUUAUAGAAACAUUUAUGCGCGAUCUUCCUCAAAAAACUUGAAUCUGAAUAUAGAUCAGUUUAUGACCCCGAGAUUAUGCUAAUUUUUUUAUUACAAUAUCUCGGGAAUCGCGAUCUUGAAGUGUCGGAAAUACGACUCUUGUCCCUUCUAAUCCCACCAACAACAGUUUACAUCCAAAUUGAUAGUUUGUUCGAUUAAGUAUUCCGAUUAAGCAUUCCUCAAAAUGCCAUUUCCCUCUCAAACCCGCCAAUUAAAUCCGAGAAGAAAAAGCGUUAGGUUAACGACAUCAAUUCCACUACAACGAAAGAAAAGGAUAGAAUUUAAAUCAAGCAGAGGAUCUUAUGUAAUCCGCGAGAUGGGGUUAUGAAUUAUAGGUUAGAGAUGCCACAAAUGGUCGAUAUAAACAUAAUAUCCAUUCUUUGUGAAACGAGUAACUACAGUAUCUUUUCAUAAAUCAGAAUCUACCGUCUUUUUAAUGAAUUUAAAUGAAGGGAUCAAUCAGAACCGCCCUCUAAAUACUCCAUAGAGGACAGAUGUGAUUUCGCAAAAUUUUCAUGAGUUCCCGUUAGAGCCAUCUGGAAAUAACCACUUAAUGAAGUGACAAAUGAUCUUGCAGGAGAAAAGCCCUUCAAAUGUGAUCAAUGUCAGAAGAAGUUUGCAAAUAGCAGUGACAGGAAGAAGCAUAUGCAUGUACAUUCCAAGAACAAGCCCUAUUACUGUGGCCAAUGCUCUAAGAAAUAUACUCAUCCAUCAAGUCUAAGGAAACAUCAUAAGGUAAGUAUCCAGAGAGAACUCAAAAUUUUUUAAUCUACGUCAGUUGUAAGUGUACCAAUUUAUAUUGUAAAUUUUAGCAAGCGCAUCCAGACGUCCCUCUCCAACCUCUGACUCACUACAAAGAAGAAAGCGACGCUUCAUCAGACUCAGGGAAUGCCUCGGCUCUCACGCCGACCUUGAUCGACGCUACUGUUUAUCAACCAGUCUGCAAAGAGAGUGACAUCAUCUCCAAUCAACUGGCCUUCCUCGAUCCGGCCAUGACAUUCCAUCAGGACAACAUGCUUCCAUAUAUGCCCCAUGCGUUUGAUCAGAAUUAUUACACAGCACGGUAA